CCUUUCACUCUCUCAGACCUUCUUCAGGAGCCUCUGCUUUCAGACUCCUUCUGGCUCAGCUUAGGACAGAGCCCCAAGAGCAAGAGAUACCUGUGGUUGUGGAUUUUAAGCUCAGUAAUGGGAAAGCUUGAAAAUGCUUCCUGGAUCCACGACCCCCUCAUGAAGUACUUGAACAGUACAGAGGAGUACUUGGCCUACCUGUGUGGACCCAAGCGCAGUGACCUAUCCCUUCCGGUGUCUGUGGCCUAUGCAUUGAUCUUUGUGGUGGGGGUGAUGGGCAAUCUUCUGGUGUGCCUGGUGAUUGUCCGACAUCAGACUUUGAAGACACCCACCAACUACUAUCUCUUCAGCUUGGCGGUCUCAGACCUGCUGGUCCUGCUCUUGGGGAUGCCUCUGGAGGUCUACGAGAUGUGGCACAAUUACCCCUUCCUGUUUGGGCCGGUGGGAUGUUACUUCAAGACAGCCCUCUUCGAGACUGUGUGCUUUGCCUCCAUUCUCAGUGUCACCACGGUUAGCAUUGAGCGCUAUGUGGCCAUCGUCCACCCAUUCCGAGCCAAGCUGGAGAGCACGCGGCGACGGGCCCUCAGGAUCCUCAGCCUAGUCUGGAGCUUCUCUGUGGUCUUUUCUUUGCCCAACACCAGCGUCCAUGGCAUUAAGUUCCAGCACUUUCCCAAUGGGUCCUCUGUGCCUGGCUCUGCCACCUGCACAGUCACCAAGCCCAUGUGGGUAUAUAACUUCAUCAUCCAAGCUACCUCCUUCCUCUUCUACAUCCUCCCGAUGACCCUCAUCAGUGUCCUCUACUAUCUCAUGGGACUCAGGCUGAAGAGAGAUGAAUCUCUUGAGGCAGACAAAGUGACGGUGAAUAUUCACAGACCCUCCCGAAAAUCAGUCACCAAGAUGCUGUUUGUCUUGGUCCUCGUGUUUGCUAUCUGCUGGACCCCCUUCCACGUGGACCGGCUCUUCUUCAGCUUUGUGGAUGAGUGGACUGAGUCCCUGGCGGCUGUGUUCAACCUCAUCCACGUGGUAUCAGGUGUCUUCUUCUAUCUGAGCUCUGCGGUCAACCCCAUUAUCUAUAACCUCCUGUCUCGGCGCUUCCGGGCAGCCUUUCGGAAUGUUGUCUCUCCUUCCUGCAAAUGGUGCCAUCCCCAGCAUCGCCCACAGGGACCUCCAGCCCAGAAAAUCAUCUUCUUGACAGAAUGCCACCUUGUGGAGCUGACAGAGGAUGCAGGUCCCCAGUUCCCUUGUCAGUCAUCCAUCCACAACACCCACCUUACCACCGUCCCCUGUGCUGGAGAGGUACCAUGAAAGGAGUGGUCAGAAGGCCACUUUGGAAGGCCUGGAUUCUUUGACUGUCAUCCCUCUAUGCACUAGCACUGCAAGGAGGGACACUCUGUCACCUCUGCCUCCUUGCAUGCCAUUAGACAUGUAAUAAGGCCCUUAGAUUCCAUGUACUCGUGACUUUUUUUAAUGUUAAAACUCAGGCUUCGCUCUGGGUUCACAGUGCAGACCUUACACUCCAUCUUUCUGCAUUGUGAGUUUCUGUAACUGUGAUUGGAAUGUGCCAUGGGAGUCUCGCUUUCAUGAUGGGCGAUUUUUGCCUAGUAAAGGUGUUGUAGAGUUGCUAAGUUGCACAAUACAGUUAUCUCAACCCCCAAAUCCAGGAUGCAGGCGAAACUACCGGGUGGUACUCUGGCGGCUGGCUCAGAACUGCUUGCAAAAGCCUAACCCUCCAAUAGUUAGGACUUUUUGCAAGUUUGUUGUCAAAUAAGCGAUGACUUAAAUCGGUCUUAGUAGAAAUAUUUAUGCUACAGAAAUUAACAAGCUCUCUAAAUCAGGGCUAAGUAAUUUUUGUCCCCUGGCGAGUCGGCCCACGAGCAGGUUGAGAGCCAUUAAUGAGCUGGCACUGUGCCCGCUCACUCUGAUGCGUGUGACUUGCUUUUAGAACAAAUGCUGGUAAUGCUGUAAUUAUGGACUACUUAGAGUCGUGGUUAACUCUGAAAAAAAAAAUGCUAUGGACUAGUUUUUUUUUUUUUUUAAACCUAGAGUUCCUACACAAAAAUAGGCGAAAUACUGCUAAUUAAGCCAAUGGAAGUAGCAUCAGCAUUUAUAAUUAACCUGGAGUGGAAGGAUUAUUUUUGGAUGCCAUCCAUUACCAUUAAUGCAGAAAACAGCAAUGGACUGGGUGUUAUUUUCCCUCUCACGUCUAUAUUUGCAGAGCUCACAGUAUGUGUUGUCAAAACAGAGGCCUUUUCUAUAUUCAUCUCCACUUGGCUGCAGAUUUAUUUUCUUCUUAACAAGUAGAAAUGUGGUGUAGGACUGGAGGGAUGACAGUGGACAAAGGCACUUGCCACCAAGCCCGAGGAUCUGAAUUCCUUACCUGGAACUCAUGUGGUAGAAGGAAGGAGAGAAAACUGACUCCUCAAUUUGUCCUUUGACCUCCAAACAUGCACCAUGGCAUAUGUCCUCCCAUACCCCAACACUCACCACAAUAAUUAAGUUCAUACUAAAAAUUUAAAGAAAAAUGUUAUAAAUCCAUAGUGUGGAAGCUAACAGCUAUACUAUCUUCUAGAAGCCUAGUAAAUCAAAAUCAUAGCCAGAACAGGCAUUCAGGCCCCUCCUUUCCUUUCCCACCCUCAGUGAGUGCCUAAAUGCUCCAUGGAGUCUGCUUCUGACGCUCUGCCUGUGCCAUUAUGGAAGCACUUUCAAGGAAACAUUGGUGUUUGACAGUUUUGACUAAUUUACAUCUGUGAUAGAUCUUGUAGAAUAUACUUAAAUGACGUACCUGGAUUUCACUGCUAGUGAAAUACAUUCUCUGUGAAAACAACCUCUUAACUCAGAGUGCUAGAAGGAUGGACAAGUCUGGCAAUGAAAGCCAGAGUCCAGGACUAAGAGAAACAAAGCCGGAAAGAUGAGUAAAAGACUUGUGCAUAAAGCCUGCUGAUCAGAGUUCCUCGAUUGAGGAAGAGAUCCAACCCCUGAAGUUGUUCUCUGACCUCCGUAGAGUCACCAUGGCUUGUGUAGCAAUACCCCCCUCAGACAUAAUAACAAAAUUAUUGCUUUAAAGAAAAGCAAUUCACCCUUUCAAAGACAUUCAAUGUCUGCCAUGAAACUCCAUGGAUACAUAGAUAAGAAAUUCUGUGAGUAAAAAGCCAUUUUUGAACAUAGAUCUUAAAAGACUUCCUAGAACAUGCUUAUUUGUAUAUUUUCACAGCAUAAAGACAUCUCUUGUCAACACUUUCCCGCUUUGUUUUAUAAAUGCUGAAAAUGUCAGACCCUGACCUUGACCACCAAUUCCUCAGUAGUAAAACGGAAUGAAGGUUAUCCUGUGC